AUGUUGUCAUUUACUUUAAUAGUGAGUGUAUUAGUGAGUGCUACUACAGGUGCAAAAAUAUUAGCUGUGUUUCCUACACCAUCUAUAAGUCACCAAGUUGUCUUUCGACCCUUAACUCAAGAACUAGCUAAACGAGGACAUGAAGUCACUAUUAUAACUACGGAUCCUGCAUUUUCAAAAGGAGAGGCACCACCUAAUAUAACAGAAAUAAAUGUCCAUGAUAUAUCUUACGAUCUAUGGAGAGACAAACUAGUCAAAGUAGUAUUUGAAGGAGAUCGAAACGAUUUAAAAUUACAAGUAGAAACAUAUUUUACAACUAUACUAGACAUUGUUAUCCAACAAUUUCAUAGUGAUGGAGUACAAAAAUUGGUUAAAGAUAAAACAAAGAAGUUUGAUUUGCUGUUUCUAGAAGCGUGUGUAAGACCUGCGUUGUUAUAUUCUCAUAUUUACAAUGUUCCUGUGAUUCAAAUAAGUUCUUUUGGAGCUAUGCCUGGUAAUUUAGCAGCUUUAGGAGCUCCUGUUCAUCCGAUACUGUAUCCCAACGUGUUUCGACAGAGGAGCAAUAAUCUUACAAUAUGGGAGAGGAACAAGGAAAUCUUAAAAUUUUAUUUGUUCCAUCAUUUGUUCAAGUAUUAUGAAGAUAUAGAAUCUGAAGAGAUUAUAAGACAUGUUGGUGCAGACAUACCGCCUUUAUCAGAAUUGUAUAAAAAUGUUGAUAUGUUGUUCCUAAAUGUGCAUCCAGUGUUUGAAGGCAUUCGACCUGUGCCACCUAAUGUCGUGUAUAUGGGUGGAAUGCACCAAAAUCCUAUCAAAGAAUUGCCAGAGGAACUCAAAUCUUUCUUAGAUAACUCCAAACAUGGUGUCAUCUAUAUAAGUUUUGGCACAAAUGUGGAUACCAAUCAGUUAUUGGCUGGCGAUGUCAAGAACAUGGUGAAUGUCUUAUCUCAGCUUCCUUAUGACGUAUUAUUGAAGUGGGAUGGAGAAGAAUUGCCUGGACGUGCUGAGAAUAUUAGAAUAGCAAAAUGGUUGCCACAAUCAGAUCUUCUCCGGCAUCCAAAUAUAAAACUAUUCAUAACACAAGGAGGUCUACAAUCAACAGAUGAAGCUAUAACAGCAGGAGUACCAAUGGUUGGAAUUCCAAUGCUAGGUGAUCAAUGGUACAAUGUAGAAAGAUAUGAGUAUCACAAAAUUGGAAUCAAAGUAGACUUGGAAACUUUGGAAGAAGAUAAACUUAGGAAUGCUAUCAUAACAGUUAUUGGUGAUGAAAGUUAUCGUCGCAACGUAGUAAAACUUCGAACAUUGAUGAAUGAUCAGCCAAUGACACCCUUGGAGCGUGCGGUGUGGUGGACGGAGCACGUGCUGCGUCACGGCGGCGCGCGACAUCUGCGCUCUCCCGCCGCCAACAUGUCGUGGACGCAGUAUUUAGAUUUUGAAGUAGUUCUAACACUUCUUUUUACUUUCCUAAUUUUAGUAUUCAUAUUCAUAAGCCUUGUUUAUUAUGUUUGUAUAAAUUAUGUGACUUCAAAGAAACUUAAGGCUGCUUGA